AUGGCACCCUCCGCUAUCCAGGCCGAACCAGCGCCCGUCGCGCAAACCAAGCAGGUCGUUCCACGAUCCAAAGACGACGCGACCAAGGAAUUGACGCCGCUGCAAGCCAUAUCCCAGGGUGUUUGCCUCCCCGGAAUCCCACUCUUCUCCUCGUAUGACAAGCAUCGCGCAUGGAUACUAUCACACAUGGCUGGCGCUUUCCGCGUCUUCGCACGGAACGGCCUGACCGAAGGCAUGAGCGGUCACAUUAGUGUGAGAGAUCCCGAGAAUCCACACACUUUCUGGACCAACCCGCUCGGAAAGCAUUUUGGUCUCCUCAAGGCAUCGGACAUGGUCCUUGUCGAUUACGACGGCAACGUAGUAGGAGGCAAUCAAAGCAGGCCCGCAAACGCAGCAGGCUUCCUUAUACAUUCGGCGAUACACAAGGCGAGACCCGACGUCAACGCGGCAUGCCACUGUCAUGGAAAGGCAGGCAAAGCGUGGAGUGCCUUUGCAAAGCCAUUGGAAAUGCUGAAUCAGGACGUAUGCUACUUCUACGGCGAUGCACAAGCCGUAUAUGAAGACUUUGGUGGCGUCGUCUUCAGCGAAGAAGAGGGCAAGAAGUUGGCCUCGGCUUUGGGGGCAAAGGGCAAAGGCAUGGUCCUGAGAAAUCAUGGCUUGCUGACCGUGGGAGGUACCGUUGACGAAGCCGCGUUCCUCUACACCCUCAUGGAACGCUCUUGCGAUGUCCAACUCAAGAUUGAGGCAGCAGCAGCCAAUGGUGUCCCCAAGGUAUACGUUGACGAUGAUGCAGCUGCAUACACAUUCAAGAUGGCGAGCGACGCUGAAAGCUUGUACUGGGAGUUUCAGCCGGAUCUGGAAUACGAGUACCAAAUGAGCAAUGGUGCUUUCGCGCAUCCUGACUGCGACGAGGUAGUAUGGCCGGGUUACUGA